UAUCUGUUCUCCAGUCGUUGUACCUUGAAUACGAUUUUCCCAACGGAGCGGUCGAUCAUUGAAUUGGUCGACUAUCACGAGUAUCGGAUCGGUCCCAUCAGUACGCACGCGUGAGUCGUGGCAGCGAGCCGAUGGUGGCAGUUUCGCGGUGCGUUUUAUCAGUCGACGCGAGUCGAAGCGAGCCGCGGCGCGGCGUGUCCCAGAUUUUCAGGCGGUCGCGUACGACCAAGCGACAGUGCAUAGUACCGGCAGCUGUUCCGUCGAUCGUUCACCGGAUCCUAGAUCGGUCCAUCCUCAGAACGGUUUCGCGGUUGAACGGGUGCGGAUCGAUCGACCGGUAGCCACAUCCGCGACCAUGUUUCCGGAUACCUGGAACACGUAGCCCGCGUGCCGCAGCUGCAUUCGGAUCGAGAUCACCUGAGACGAUUGCACCUGUAUACCGGCUACUUUCCGAUCCCGGCCAAGUGUUUCGUGACCGUGCUCCUUCAGUGAUGUCGAUUGUCGUCGAACGUGCGAGGACUGUGAAGGUACGCGGAAAAAGGGAAAAGAACAAACUGACAUAGAGGAGAAGAUUCCGAAGACUAAGAGGAUCCUAAGAAUUAUUAUGGAGGACGAAGACUUUGGCUUCAGGAAGAGGGGUGACGGCGUCAUCAAGAACGCCAAAGACGCAGGGAGGAGCGACGAGAACAGUGGCCCACCAUCGGAAAAGGCGGGAGAGAUCGUUGGUGGGUCUGGAUCGGUGAUGACAGCGCCGUUAUCCGGGGCGACCGAGGCCGGAAACGCCGUUCCUGAACGACCAGCGACCGCCUCUUCGUCCUCUCCGGCUUCCUCAGUCGUUCCCAACCCGCCGAACAUACCGAACGUGGUCGAGUAUCACCUGAAAGUGAAGCCUGGGCAAGCGCAGAGAGCCUGCCGGUUAGAUAACAGUCCAACGAGCCACGAGAACGAGGAGAUGAAAAAAGAUAAGAAUCCUGUGUCUUCCAUCGAGAAAAAGAAGGAUCUGGUGUCGAAGUUGUGCCGCCUGUCCAUCGACAACAAUGUCUUCGACGGUUCCACGGAACUGCCUCAGGUGUUUCAGGUGAAAUAUCUGGGCUCUCAUGAUGCCAGGGGCCUCUGGGGCAUCAAACAUACGCGGAGGCCGGUCGAUAACAUGGUGGCCGCCGCCAAGGCAUUACCGACCAACACGAUGCUUCCUUUGAUCAAGCUGAUCGUUUCCCAGGAAGGUGUUGCCCUGCUGCCCCUCGAGAAGAGGAAGCAGGACCCGCACUUCGCCAAGAUGUAUGCCAUCGAGACCAUCUCCUACGGCGUUCAAGACCUAGUCUACACCAGGGUAUUCUCCAUGAUAGUGGUUCGCGAGACGGAAAACUUCCGAAGAGUUUCGCCGUUCGAGUGCCACGGUUUCGUGUGCGAGUCGAAACACCACGCGAGACAGCUGACCUACGCCCUGGCCACUGCCUUUGAGAUAUACUCGAGGACCGUGAAAGCUCAGGAUAAGAUGGCGGAAAUGUCCGGCAACAACGCCAAAAAGAGGUUCGCCAUAGAUCUCAGGAGUCCCGAGGAAAUUGAAGCCGACCUGGCCGCGGACUCCGAAGCCUAGCUUGUUCGUGUCUUUUAUAAAUUGUUGCAUCAGUGAGACUCAUAUUCGUGGUCAACAUAGAAAACAUAUUUUCGAAAACUUUUAAUGUACAAAGCAUCCCGCUUGAAUCGAGACACCUAAAUAUUUCAGAGAUUAUUUCGAUGGCUUCGAAUUUGCAUCUUCCAAAACUGAAAAUGAAACGAUGUUAGACGCGGAAGAAAUAAUUAGGUGUUUUCCGUGCAAUACUCUGUAUUUAUCGACUCGAUCACGAGAUAAGCUUGUACAGAAGAAAAGUAUUAAUAUUAUUCUUUUGUCUGAGCGAAAUAAGAGGCUGGUCAAGGAUACGUUGAGGAGAGGCAAUUGUACUCUCGACAACUCGUUGUAAAUAGAAGCUUUGACUGUACAAAGUAAUAUAAAUAGUAUGUUUAACGGAACAAACGUGGAGUCGUUUUAAUUAUAAAUAAUAUUUUUGUUAUGAUCGUUGGUUGAUAUUUGCUUGAGUAUAAUUUCAGGCCAGUAACUGUUAGAAGAUAGUCGACACGCGAACCGACGCUAAUUCCGCUUUCUUCGGCGACGUGCAUACUUAAGUCGAAGUUCAAACCGUUUGAAAAGGCUUGUCGCGAGAACCGUUCGCGGGCACGAAAGUUGGUGCAAUUGUUGGUGGUUAAUUAUUUUAUCGGCAUCUACGAGCGGAGGAUUAGGCCACGCCUAUCCACGACAUAAUGGCUAGUUAUCCAAAGAUACCGAAUAGGAAAAAAUAACUGAAAGUCACCGACUCGACGUUGGUGAUUUUUUCGAUUUCAUAAAAAAUACGAUAUCAUCCUGAAUUAUAUAAAAAGAAAAGAUUGGAUUUAUCUCUAGCCCGUUUGUGUGUGCGUGUGUGUGUGUGUUUUUUUUAUCUUCAUCCUACGAAUUACUUCUUUCGAUGUACAGUAACUUCCUAUUACGCUGAUAAAUUAUACGCUAUCCUACGUAAUUAUUUAAUUUAUUCUCGACUUGCUGCUAAGUCACGAAACCAAUAUAGACACAUAUCAGUUGUAAAUAAACGACCGAGGAGCACGUUGCCAGCAACGUGUUUUCUCGACAUCGUACUAACUAUAAAUAUCACUUUGUUUAACCGUUAAGUCAUUUUUCUCUUUUUCUUUUUUUUUUUUAUUAUUCAAACUAUCGAAUCUCUGCACCGACGUUUCCCCUUUCGUUCUAGGCUCGGGACAUUUGUGUAACUCUUCGUUUUUCUCCGCGCGCAAGACGACUGCUUGAUUAUAUUAGUCGUCCGAUUACCAGUAUUAGCGACUUGUAUCAAUAACUCUGUACAAUAAAUUUUUUACGGACACUUUAACUUCUUUAUUGCGACGUUUCUUUUCAGCGUAGGAUAUCGGAACGUUAUAAAAUUACAUUAAUAUAUUGCACACUUUUUACACGCGUACGCACGCGAUUAUUACGUUCGCGCGAUCGUUCUUUGGCCGCGUGAACAAUCAGUCGCGCGGUUUUACAAUUGACACUUAAAUACUAGACGAGCUUCUUU